AUGGCCGUCUCCGUGGAGGUCGCCCUGCUCAGUGGCCGCAGCGCCCACCUCCGCUGCGAGCCCGGGUCCAGCGUAGAGCAACUCCAGCUUGCCGCCGAGCGCGAGCUCGGCGUGUGCGUGGAGCACCUCAUCACCGCGGAGGGCGCCCUCCUGCGGGCCGAGGACUCCGUGGUCUGGGAGGAGGGCGCCAGGCUGACCGCGCGCGUGCGCGCGCCCCGGCUGCUGGGAGGGCAGACGGCCUUUGCUCUGGUGAAAAGCGAUGGCUCGAUGGUGACCUGGGGCCUUGGUCAAGUAAAGAGUCUCCAGGCCACAUUGCGGGCUUUCGCCGCCAUCUUGUCCGAUGGCAGUGUGAUGACGUGGGGUGGUGCCUCUGAUGGUGGAAUCAGCCAGCAUGUGCAGCAAUACCUCCAUGAUGUCCGGUCAAUCCAGGAGGUGGAGCAGAUCCAGGCCUCGGAGGCCGCCUUCGCAGCGAUCAAGAAGGACGGCUCGGUGGUGACCUGGGGAAGGCACGACUUCGGGGGCAUCAGCUUUCCGGUCCGGCACCAGCUCCAGGGCGAGCCGGGCGUGCGGCACAUUCAGGCCUCGGGCAGGGCCUUUGCGGCGCUCCGAAAGGAUGGCUCCGUGGUCACCUGGGGUGUGAAGCACUUCGGCGGUGACAGCUCGGCUGUUAAGGAGCAGCUGCACGACGUGGAGCAGAUCCAGGACCCAGUUUGUGGUGGACCCCUCGAAUCUCUGGAGAACCCUACACCUCUGCCCCCAAACCCUAAACCCAAAACCCAGAUCCUAAACCCUAAACCCUAA